CCCUUACUUUUAACAAAAUUACAAAAUCAUCAUGCACCAAAUUAGAAAACCCUCGAGCUGGACGACUCCUCCGGUCCUCCCAAGUCCCAAGUCCCAAGUCCCAACCGAAGUUCUCUGCCUCUCGUCUCUACCCUCACCUACACCGCCGGCGCUCCCCUCCCUCUCUGCUGUGUACGAUCGCCGACGUUGCUCUGUUGCUCUCUGCUUUCUGCAGUUGUUGAUCUGCAGCCCUCACCGAACCUGCUCUCUGCCUUCUGCUAAUGCACUCUCGCCGGAGCUGCUCUCUGCUCUCACCGAACCGAAGCUGCUAUCUGCCUUCUGCUGAUCUGCUUUCUGCUCUCUACCUUCUGCUGAUUUGCUCUCACCGGACCUGCUCUGCUUUAUGCUGAUCUACUCUCACCGGAGCUGCUCUCUGCGUCUGCUGUGCUGUCUGCGGAUCUGCUCUCAUCGGAAGUUCGGAACUGCUUUCUGCUGAUACUUUCUUUCACUUCAGUUCAUCGACCUUGCUUUCUGUUGUUCUGCUCCACCGGCACUUGUCUCUGCUCUCACCGGCACUUGUCUCUGCUCUCACCAGUGCUUGUCUCUGCUCUCACCGACGCCGGUCACCUUCCGUGUGCCUCCUGUUCUGCAAUUGGCCUUAACUGCUUCUUCACAGCUCACGCUUCACAUUCACAGCUUCUCCCACCCGAGCACAGGUAUAUCUUGGUUUCAUAAAUUGAUGAGAAAAAAUUGAAUUAAAUUUAUAACUUUUU